AUGGUGGACCCGGUGGGCUUCGCCGAGGCGUGGAAGGCGCAGUUCCCGGACUCGGAGCCGCCGCGCAUGGAGCUGCGCUCGGUGGGCGACAUCGAGCAGGAGCUGGAGCGCUGCAAGGCCUCCAUCCGGCGCCUGGAGCAGGCGGUGAACCAGGAGCGCUUCCGCAUGAUCUACCUGCAGACGCUGCUGGCCAAGGAGAAGAAGAGCUACGACCGGCAGCGCUGGGGCUUCCGGCGCGCGGCGCAGCCCCCCGACGGCGCCGCCGAGCCCCGCGCGCCCGCCCCGCGCGCGCCGCCCGCGCCCGCCGACGGCGCCGACCCGCCGCCCGCGGACGAGCCCGAGGCCCGGCCCGACGGAGAGGGGUCCCCGAGCCAGGCCCGGCCCGCGGCCGCCCGCCGGCCCGGGGCCGCCGCUCCUGCCGCCGACCGGGACGACCGGGGGCCCCCCACCAGCGUGGCGGCGUUGCGGUCCAACUUCGAGAGGAUCCGCAAGGGCCCGGGCCAGCCCGGGGCGGCCGACGCCGACAAGCCCUUCUACGUGAACGUCGAGUUCCACCACGAGCGCGGCCUGGUGAAGGUCAACGACAAAGAGGUGUCGGAGCGCAUCAGCUCGCUGGGCAGCCAGGCCAUGCAGAUGGAGCGCAAGAAGUCCCAGCUGGGCGCGGGCGCGGGCGCGCACCGGGGGCGCCCCUCCGAGGGCACCUUCGGCCUGGACGGCGACUACGAGGACGCCGAGCUGAACCCCCGCUUCCUCAAGGACAACCUGAUCCACACCAACGGCGGCGGCAGGCCCCCCUGGCCACCCCUGGAGCACCAGCCCUACCAGAGCAUCUACGUGGGGGGCAUGAUGGGGGAGGGCGAGGGCAAGGCCCCCCUCCAGCGCAGCCAGAGCACCUCGGAGCAGGAGAAGCGCCUGACCUGGCCCCGCCGCUCCUACUCCCCUCGGAGCUUCGAGGACAGCGGCGGCGGCUACACCCCGGACUGCAGCUCCAACGAGAACCUCACCUCGAGCGAGGAGGACUUCUCCUCCGGCCAGUCCAGCCGCGUGUCCCCGAGCCCCACCACCUACCGCCUGUUCCGCGACAAGAGCCGCUCGCCCUCGCAGAACUCGCAGCAGUCCUUCGACAGCAGCAGCCCCCCGACGCCGCAGUGCCCCAAGCGGCACCGGCAGGGCCCGGUCGUGGUGUCGGAGGCCACCAUCGUGGGAGUCCGCAAGACCGGGCAGAUCUGGCCCAGUGAUGGGGACAGCACCUUCCCCGGAGAUGCAGACACGUCCUUCGGAACGCCGCCUGGAUACGGCUGCGCCGCGGACCAGGCGGAGGAGCAGCGCCGGCACCAGGACGGACUGCCCUACAUCGAUGACUCGCCCUCCUCCUCGCCCCACCUGGGCAGCAAGGGCAGGGGCAGCCGGGAUGCGCUGGCCUCGGGCGCCCUGGAGCCCGCCAAAGCGACUGAGCUGGACCUGGAAAAGGGCUUGGAGAUGAGGAAGUGGGUCCUGUCCGGCAUCCUGGCGAGUGAGGAGACGUACCUCAGCCACCUGGAGGCGCUGCUGCUGCCCAUGAAGCCUCUGAAGGCGGCGGCCACCACCUCCCAGCCGGUGCUGACGAGCCAGCAGAUCGAGACCAUCUUCUUCAAAGUGCCUGAGCUCUACGAGAUCCACAAGGAGUUCUACGACGGGCUGUGCCCCCGCGUGCAGCAGUGGAGCCACCAGCAGCGCGUGGGCGACCUCUUCCAGAAGCUGGCCAGCCAGCUGGGCGUGUACCGGGCCUUUGUGGACAACUACAAAGUCGCCAUAGAAAUGGCCGAGAAGUGCUGCCAGGCCAACACUCAGUUUGCAGAGAUCUCCGAGAACCUGAGAGCCAGAAGCAACAAGGAUGCCAAGGACCAGAUCACCAAGAACUCCCUGGAAACCCUGCUCUACAAGCCUGUGGACCGGGUGACGCGGAGCACGCUGGUCCUGCACGACUUGCUGAAGCACACCCCCCCCAGCCACCCCGACCACCCCCUGCUGCAGGACGCCCUGCGCAUCUCCCAGAACUUCCUGUCCAGCAUCAACGAGGAGAUCACGCCCCGCCGGCAGUCCAUGACCGUGAAGAAAGGCGAGCACAGGCAGCUGCUGAAGGACAGCUUCAUGGUGGAGCUGGUGGAGGGCGCCCGCAAGCUGCGCCACGUCUUCCUGUUCACCGACCUGCUCCUCUGCACCAAGCUCAAGAAGCAGAGCGGAGGCAAAACCCAGCAGUACGACUGCAAGUGGUACAUCCCGCUCACGGACCUCAGCUUCCAGACGGUGGACGAGUCCGAGGCGGCGCCCACCAUCCCCCUGGUGGUGGACGAGGAGCUGGACGCCAUGAAGAUCAAGAUCUCGCAGAUCAAGAGUGACAUCCAGAGAGAGAAGAGAGCCAACAAGGGCAGCAAGGCCAUCGAGAGGCUGAAGAAGAAGCUGUCGGAGCAGGAAUCCCUGCUCCUGCUCAUGUCGCCGAGCAUGGCCUUCCGGGUGCACAGCCGCCAUGGCAAGAGCUACACGUUCCUGAUCUCCUCCGACUAUGAGCGCGCCGAGUGGCGGGAGAACAUCCGCGAGCAGCAGAAGAAGUGUUUCAAAAGCUUCUCCCUGACGUCCGUGGAGCUGCAGAUGCUGACCAACUCGUGCGUCAAACUCCAGACGGUCCACUGCAUCCCCCUGACCAUCAACAAAGAAGACGAUGAGUCUCCCGGCCUCUACGGCUUCCUGAAUGUCAUCGUCCACUCGGCCGCCGGCUUUAAGCAGAGCUCAAAUCUGUACUGCACCCUGGAGGUGGACUCCUUUGGGUAUUUUGUGAACAAAGCCAAGACGCGCGUCUACAGGGACACGGCUGAGCCCAACUGGAACGAGGAGUUUGAGAUCGAGCUGGAGGGCUCCCAGACCUUGAGGAUCCUGUGCUACGAGAAGUGUUACAACAAAACGAAGAUCGCGAAGGAGGACGGCGAGAGCACCGACAGGAUCAUGGGGAAGGGCCAGGUCCAGCUGGACCCCCAGGCCCUGCAGGACAGAGACUGGCAGCGGACGGUCAUCGCCAUGAAUGGGAUCGAGGUGAAGCUCUCGGUGAAGUUCACCAGCAGGGAGUUCAGCCUGAAGAGGAUGCCGUCCCGGAAGCAGACGGGCGUCUUCGGGGUCAAGAUCGCCGUGGUCACCAAGAGGGAGAGGUCCAAGGUGCCCUACAUCGUGCGCCAGUGCGUGGAGGAGAUCGAGCGCCGGGGCAUGGAGGAGGUGGGCAUCUACCGCGUGUCCGGCGUGGCCACGGACAUCCAGGCGCUGAAGGCGGCCUUCGACGUCAACAACAAGGACGUGUCCGUGAUGAUGAGCGAGAUGGACGUCAACGCCAUCGCGGGCACCCUGAAGCUCUACUUCCGAGAGCUGCCAGAGCCGCUCUUCACCGACGAGUUCUACCCCAACUUCGCCGAGGGCAUCGCUCUGUCAGACCCUGUGGCGAAGGAGAGCUGCAUGCUGAACCUGCUGCUGUCGCUCCCCGAAGCCAACCUGCUGACCUUCCUCUUCCUCCUGGACCACCUGAAAAGGGUGGCCGAGAAGGAGACGGUGAACAAGAUGUCCCUGCACAACCUCGCCACGGUCUUCGGCCCCACGCUGCUGCGGCCCUCGGAGAAGGAGAGCAAGCUCCCCGCCACCCCCGGCCAGCCCAUCUCCAUGACUGACAGCUGGUCCCUGGAGGUCAUGUCCCAGGUCCAGGUGCUGCUGUACUUCCUGCAGCUGGAGGCCAUCCCUGCUCCCGACAGCAAGCGACAGAGCAUCCUGUUCUCCACGGAAGUCUAACGGCCCGACUCCGUCUCCGAGAAGCCGGCAGAACGGCCUGGGACGCUCCCGGCGAGACAGGCCGCCACGGAGCAGGAACCGCAUCUUCUUGAGGCGUCCCCGGGCGCCCCCCGAGAGCGAGGCCCUCUGCCAAGAGACAGCUCGCUGCCCAAGGCAGGAGGCCAAGUGGCCUGGACAGUGCUGGGCCCCUGAGCUCCCGCUGGCCUCCGACUCUGGCUUCCCGCCACCAGAGGGCGCCCCAAAGCCCGCACGCACGGCUCAGAGUGCAGGCCUGGCCCCCGAGACCAGGCGAAAGGAGUGGGGUUGUUUGGGUGUUUUUUUUUAUGAACUUUUCAGAGUUUCAAAGAUUUCUACUGGAUCCCUUGUCAAGAUGCACCCUCUCCGCGGAGAGGGGGACACGAGCAGCUUCCCUCACGGUCGUGUCUUGAAGAAACAUUGCUGCUGCUUCGCACCGUGGGGGCCCCAGCCCGUCCCCGCGUGGGUGGGGGCGCUUGGGUUUCCCUGACUUAAAACGUUCGACUCCUGUGUGCAACAGGGCGUGCAAAGCUAGGUCAACACUGUGUAGCGUCGGACCCCUUCCGCCUCCUUCCUCGCUCCUCCCGCUUUCUAGAAGGAUCUCUGUGCAGAAAGGGGUCCUUUUCCUGUCCUGUCCUGUGGCAUUGUGUUUGCAGAUCACGUGCCCCUUGGAAGGCAGCCGCCCGUGUAACACCCGGGACCGGCCACCAGGGGGCGCGAGGCCCGGGCCGCGCACUUUAUGGCUCCUUCUGCAGGGAGAGUGACGCCUGCCACCGGCCCGCCCGGCCCAGCCCCCUCCCCGCCGGGCACACGCUGCCCUCUGCAGCUGACAGAGGCCUGGAUCGCUAGCUUCUCCCCCCCCCCCCCACCCCCACCCCCGGCUUCAGGUCCUCGCUCUGCUGAACAGACUCAGUACGUUUUUGUAACAGUUUCCGCUUGCGGCAUCGGCAUCGGCUUGUUUUAAACUUUGAUCCGAAUAGCCUUUUGAUACUUGAAUAUUUUUAAGUUUUAUACAUAGUUUCUAAUUCCCCCCGCCCCCCCCCCCGGACAGACUCAGAUACCUAAUAAGAUAGGAGAGCGGCAUCUCCGAGCGCCAGCUCUGUCCAUCGGGAGCCGCAUCCCAGAGCAGGCGGGAGGACAGCCGUGCCCCCCACCCCCACCCGGCUCUGCACGCCCCUGGCAUUCCUGCGAACCCCCCUGACCCUCUGGCUGAGAGGAAAGAGAAGGGGAAGCCACUAAGUAUUUUGAAGAAACAGGUCUAUGAACAUUGUAUCUGUCCUUUUUUUAAAAAAGGGGUUGGGCCCCCGGCCGGUUUGCUCAGCGGAUAGCGUGUCGGCCUGCGGACUGAAGGGUCCCGGGUUCGAUUCCGGUCAAGGGCACGUCCCUCGGUUGCAGGCUCCCUCCCCAGCCAGGCUCUGGUCGGGGUGCAUGCAAGAGGCACCUGAUCGAUGUGUCGUUCUCACAUCAGCAUUUCUCGCUGUCUUUCCCUCUCUGUCCUACUCUUUCUAGAAAUAUCCUCGGGUGAGGAUUCAAAAAUAAAUAGAGGGUGGGGCGAGGAGAAAAGAAGGGACAAGGUGUCCACGCCGGUCUUGCAGGAAGAGAGGAUGUGAUGAUGCAUCGGAGGAGGGAAGCCAUGGUGUGACUCAGGAAAAGGUGUUUCAUUGUCACGUGAUCGCGCCGGUAACGGGUGGCGCUGCCCCGCGUCCCUGGGGAGGGGGCAGGAAACAAGGUCACUGAAGGUCUUACGUCUGCAUACUGUAUUUAUUUAGUUGGACUUUUUUCUCCCGAGGAGAGCGGACCCACCGCGUUAACGCAGCCCCGCUCUCCGGGGGGGAUGAGGGCAGGGCGCGGGGUUCUCUGGCCUCCGCGUUUCUGGGCCCGGUGGGUGGGUUCCCGGGGUCCCUCCGGCCUGGCUCCCGCCCCGACCACCUCAGCAAACCUCCCGCCCUGCCGGGAACACACUGCUUAGGAGAGCUCACCCGCCCUGGGUCCCCUUCCCGGUUCCCGUGAUUUGCAUCUGUCGCAUUGAAACUGGAAAGCAAUACAUCCUCGUCUGUGCCAACGCCCCGUCCCCCUCCCGCCUCCUCCCCGUUUUAUUUAUGUGGAAUGUGCGCUUCACGAUGGAAUGGCCGCCCCUCCGUCGCUGGAAAAGCGCCCCUUCGCUGGGCCGCCGUGGCGGGCUCACGAGGGAUCCCCCGUGGUCCCUCUGACAUGCAGCCCCCGGGUGGGCGAGCCAGCAGCGCGCAGAGGAAGGCCCGGAGCCCAGAUGCAACCCUUGCUGCUCCUGCUCGGCGGCCAGGCCCCGGCGCUGCAACAAGAAAUGAAGCCUCCCGGCCCUGGCUGCGGGGUCUGGAGCCCUGAGCUUUGUUCCGUCCUCCCCGGGCCGCCCGCCUCCCACCGGAGACGGGCCCGGGCUGGUCUCAGCAGCUCCUUUCUGCCUUUGAGCGCCACCAUCUGUACCGCGUGGGGGAAGGGACCACUGACACUUUCAUUAAAGUUGCCUGAGACGA